CCUGGAGGAGCAAUCCCAUCAUCUUCAUCAGCAUGAGGAAGACCGCGGGGAGACACCUGCUGUGCCUGGUCCUGCUGGCAGCGCCGCUGUCCUGGGCGGAGGACACGAAGCGGGACGAGAGGAGGAGUGAGAACGGAACAGUUUUGAGCCAAACGAAGACCAGACGACUGUUUGCCAGGCAGAAGAUCUCUACGCCUCCACAGAGUCACGCCGCGAGGCAGAAGCCGAACGCCGUGGCCCCGGCGCGCCGCUGCAGCCGCCUGAUGGAGAGCUGCGCCUCUCACCUGCCGUGCUGCGACCCGUGCGCUUCCUGCCGCUGCCGCCUCUUCAACACCAUCUGCCACUGCUGGAGGAUGAACCCCGUGUGCCUGAAGCAGACCUAGAGGGCCCCCACACACACACACACACACACACACACACACACACACACACACACACACACACACACACACACACACACCGCCUAGAUUCUAAAUCUUGCUGAACAUAUUUUUUAGCUUGCCAUAAGUCAACAAGUGAAACUUUUCUUGCUUUGAAGACUCAGAGACUGAAAACACGUCUUUAUCCUGACAUGUUGCUGAAACCUGUGAGGUUAUCACAUAUUAUAUUAUAUUAUUAUAUUAUAUGAAAGCCUGUGUGAAGAAAAAGCAGAUGUUCGGUUCUGAAUACAUCACAUAUGUUGAACGAUGAUUGCUUCGGUCAAAUGAAGCUGGAAUGAGAAAGAUAAUUACUGAAUGAGUUCGAUCAUUUGCUGAGGGCAAGAAGAUGGACUGUAUUGUUGGGUUUUGUUUUUUUUUCUUUUGCUGUUGUUGUUGUUGUUGUUGUUGUUUGUUGUUAACACAGAGCUGCUAAUGAUUCACAUGCCAUGAUAUAACUGAAGAACUAAUCUGCUGGUGAGGGACAUUAAAUUUCCGGAACGACGGCAUUUCCCUCAGUUUUCCUCAGUAUGAAGUGAAAUAAUCCGCUGAGCAGUCAUGUAGACAGAGAUAUGAGGAUGUCGUCUCCGUCUGCCUCUGCAGUCGUCACUUUACGCCAGGAAAUAUUUCUUGCACAGACCAAAAACUGGAGAAACACAUUUGGUAGCCGUGAGUUUUUGUAGUGAGCGUCGCAGUGGUGGAUCUCCAUGCUUCAUUAACACAGCAGCCUGUCGGCAGAGCGAUCAGGUUCAAAUAGCUGGAUCUGUUCAAAAACACGAGUGAAAUGAUGACAGACUGAGGCGGGCUCUCUGGAAGGACAGGAGACGUUAGUAUCGCUCAGGAAUGAUGGUAUGCGGACGGGAGUUCUGCUUUCUUUGGUCUGAUGAUAUAGAAAUAACACAGACUGAGAAAUGAGGAAGCAGCCAAGAAAAGCCAGCUGGUAGCUUGUUGACGGAGCGAGAGAUGGAGGACGUUUACCUUUUCACGUGUGCAGACGAUCACAUGGGCCUCCUGUAUUCCGCACCCUGCUGCUGAUCGUGUAAAUCUCAGCCUUGUUCCUUUUAUCUGCUUAUUUUAACCCCCUCAACUACGUUUUAAAUGACCGAUAAUUAUUCUGUGGAUUUAUUACUUGGAGUUAGUUUACAUUUUUUUUUUCUAUUGUACUAAAAAUAUGUUGAAAGCCUUAAUUAACGUCAGCUUUUUUUCACUGAAUUGUAGAACGACAAUUUAAUAAUCACUUUAUUCAUUACAUUUAGGAAUGAAAUGAAAAAUGAGGAGUUUUGAGAAGGUUUGCCGGCAGCUUUCCUCUGGAUUCAACAGAGGAUUUUUUUUUUCCCCAGUACAGUUAUGUAAAAACCAGAACGAUGAUAAGUGUCAGGCUUGUAUGAGAUAUAUUA